CGUCGGAAUCGGUCGGAACCGACCGAACGGACCUCAGAUUUCUCAGAUUAGUACACAAUCAGACUUAGGAAGAAGGGUUUUGAGAGCGUGUGAUUGUGGGUUAGUCGUUACUUGAAAUGGGUAACAAUCAUAGUCAGGAUGGAUUAAGAAGAAAUUCACUUAGUAGGACUCCUUCUGGAGCUGAGAACAACGACAGAAGCCCCACCCAGCUCAUGCCUAUCGAUAAAUUGUCAAAGAUACUUGCCCAGAAAAGUUUGGAAGAAGAUUCUAUCCAGGGAAUAACUUGUCGUGCCUUCACUAACAUUGUUUUCCCACGUUAUUCAGACCUGUCAGAAAGACUGUUUAAGUAUUUCCAUUCCUGUGCUGGCGUCACUAAACAUGAGUGGAUUAGUCCACCCGUCUUCAAACAGCAGGCCGAAAAAUUCCUAGGCAUAAUUGUUGACAGUCAACAGAUUGAAGUUUAUGUCAAGAUGUACGCAGAAGGAAGUGAUAUUGAUCAGGACGGUUUUCGUCAGCUUCUACUUCAGGCAUAUAAAUUGGCUAUGGACCACUAUCCAGAAGGUCCACAAACUUGCAAACAGCUCUCCAACAUCUUACAAGCUGUUAUUGAUUGUGCUUUUCACCGCAAGUCAUGUGUGUCUGUUACCUUCUUGUCACACUGGAUUGAACAACACACUCCAAGGCUAAUUGUCGGAAUCCAUCGUUAUGUUGUUCACAUGCUGAGCACAGUAUAUCGGGAGGCAGGGCAGUUGGCCAGCGCUGGUCUGGAGCUGGAUACACCAGUGCUGGAAAGAGAUAUUUUGUUCCCAACAUCAGAAAACAAGGAGAAUGAUAUAUUGCCUGUAUCAGAAGUGUGGCUGUUGUCAUCUUCCCUCCCCUCGUUCUACACAAAACCAUCGCUGCAUCACUCACCAUCCAGCUCGUCUAAUGGCCUCUCGUCACAGACAUUCCUGGCCAAGAUGCUGGGUUCCAUCUGUCCAUCCCACUGGACCCUGCUCUAUAACAGCGACCAGCAUGGUCUAGGAGCAAACAGGUUCAUGCAUCAUGUGUUUGGUUACCGUGGACCGACACUGACCUUCCUCCGGGGUCAGGAUGGAGUUCAGUUUUGCUUGGCAGCAGACUCUGAGUGGCAAGAGUCUCACCAGUACUGGGGAGGAGAAGAGUGUACUGUGAUACAGAUACUACCGCUUUAUCAUAUUGUAGAGCGGGGUGCAAAGAUGAUGUACCUGAACAAUAGUAUACGUGGCUAUCCAAAAGGCCUGCGGGCAGGACUUGAUCCCCGUAAACCCAUCAUAGAGGUGAAUGAUGGCUUUGAUGUUGUGACGUACCGUGCCAUUCCUUACCCUCUCAUUUGUGUACAGGUUUGGGGCUGUGGCAGUCAACAGUCGAGAGAGACACAACUAGAUAUAAAAAAAUGGGAAGUGAAGCAGGCAGAGAAAUUGCGGAAGGUUAAGUUGACGGCAGAUGAAUGGGUUGACCAUCCUGACCGGUAUCUGUUGGAGCUUGCUGGAAGACCAACCUACUCUUCCAAUCAACCUCAACAGUAACAUUUCUGUUUGCCAUGCUCAGCUAUCACUUUGUCAACUGUCUGUUGCAUGGAAGCCUUUGUAUCUACAAUGGAAUACCACAGUCAUGUUUUUCAUUCACAGAAUUUGAUUGCUGGUAAUUGGGUUGGCUUUAAGUGCCGAGUUUAAAGUCUUCUGUAAUCCUUGCCCAGUAUUGUUUAUACUAUGGGAUAUAUUUUGGUUGUAUUCACUACAGAAUAUGAAAAUAUUAAAACCGAGAUUGGCUUCUAGAAGCUGGUCUGAUUGAGAUUGUUGGCUUCAGUAAGCCAGAUUAUUUUACAUUUUGAAUGCUGUAUUCUUUUGCAUACAUGUAUAUAUGAGCUAGAAACUCUGUGAAUUUUGUACUUAUGAAAAAGUUCAGUUGUACUGAAUAAUGCCAUUAUUUUUCUGAGGCACUUGAUACUGUUUGUGACAGGAAAUAAGCAUUGUUGAUUCCUUGCUCAAUAAAUAUUUGACAUUUCAGUUAACAGUAGCAGAGCUUCAUAAUGUCUGAGGAAAUGACAUUUAAAUGAACUUUGGAUAUUAAUGUCCGUGGUAUAGUACUUAAGGAACAGAAAAUUUUUGCUGUUCCAGAACAUCUUUCAACUUGGUGCUUAACCCAAAUAUGAAGGAUCCAAAAUAACAACAUUCAGAAGUACAGCUUGCAAUAUUCAAGUACAGUUAGUAUUAACUGUUCUUUCUGAAAACAGUUGUUUCUGAAUAGAACAUGAACAUAUUCUUAUUCAGUGUGUUCCACAUUGCAAGCGCAAAUAUGAAUUUGUCUUUGCCCUUAAUUGAAUUUGUAUAGUACACUCCUUGCCUUCCAUAAUUCUAUUUUAUUUAUUAUAUUUAAUAAUAAUCGAAAAUGGUAUUACAUGUGUUCAGAAUAUUUAUUCUAUUUUAGCAUAAUUGACAAUAAUGCAAAGAAAUUAUACUUUUAAUCCGGUAUAACUCUGUUAUUCUCUUCAAGGUGUGUUCACUUGUUAUGUUCAGUUUUAUGGUUAAGACCCAAUUCUGUAAAUUCUGGGGGGUUUUUCCAUAGGCAAAAACAAAUACGCAGGUAAGUCAAUAAGUUAGUUACAAAUGGAUAUAGAACUUAAUCAAAUGGGAGUACAGAUUUGAAAAAUGGUUUUAUUUCUCAGCAUAAUCUCCCUGUACAUUAAGGCACUUGUCCCAUCGUUUCACAAGCCCCUGAAAACCAGCAGCAUAAAAUUCUUUGGGCUGCUGUUGGAACAAGGCAGUGACUGGGCUCAUGAAGGCAUCCUGCUCACCGCAUUGCAGCCUCAACGACAAACCGCAAAUGCUGACUCCUACUGUAACAUCCUCAGGAAACUUUGUAAGGCCAUUCAACGGAAGCGACCAGGACUCCUCACCAAAGGCAUGUUGCUCUUGCAUGACAACACAUGUCCCCAUACCACCAACAAGACAGAUGAAAUGCUGUGAAAUUUCAAGGGGGAAGUCCUCGAGCAUCCUCCGUAUAGCCCCGACCUCCUCCAAGC